AUUUGCAUCAUGGACUUCUUUGCAACCGGCGGCUUCCAGCAGCUCUACAGCGAUCUGGACGAUGAGCAGGAGCCGCUGGCCAUACUGGCCGGGCUGCCAGACGACGAUCCCAGUGGCUGCGGUUUCGAGUGCACCUAUCCGGAUGCCAGUUUUGUGCCCGAUUGCCAUCACCUGGAGGAGUCGGACUACUAUGGCAUCAUCACCCUGAACAGCAACAAUAAUAACAACAAUAAUAAUACUAAUGGCAGUGAUGUUCUGGCGGAGGAGAUGGAUCACUCCUUGUUUAUAGACUUCAAUGACUUGUCUUCGGUGUGUCCGCCGGAUCUGAGUGACUGGGAACAGCGGCUGCUGGACAACUAUGUGGAGAUACCCGAACUGGUGGACUUUUUGCCCGAACGAACGCCCUUGUGCACGGAUAACUGUGUGGAUUUCCUGGAGGAGAGUAAUAGUAAUCUCAGACUGGCAGGGCCACCACCGCCACCAUUAUCACCGCCAGAGGAGUCGUCUGCCAGUGCUGCCCCCCAACUGGGUCUGAAUGCCGCCGGUGAAAGGGGUUACCUGUGCACCUUUGGCGACUGUGAAAAGAUCUAUGCCAAGCCCGCCCACCUCAAGGCCCAUCUGCGCCGGCAUCUGGGCGAGAAGCCCUAUCCCUGCAGCUGGCCGGACUGCAGCUGGCGGUUUUCCCGCUCCGAUGAGCUGGCCCGGCACCGACGUUCCCACUCCGGGGUGAAGCCCUACAAGUGUGAUUACUGCUCCAAGUGCUUUGCCCGAUCGGAUCAUCUGACCAAGCACAGGAAGGUCCAUGAGCGAAGGCUCCUGGCGGCCACGAGGGCGGGCAGACUGCUCUCCGAUGACCUGUAUGCGGUGAGGCCGGGCAGGAAGCGAAAGAAUCAGUUAUAGUUUAAGUGUUAGGUAGAGUGGGAUAAAGCUGGAAGUAUUUGUAAUUACUUUG